GCUGUGGCUCCGCGAUGGGCGUGUGUGUGCGUCUCUGUGAUUACAAACUUGAGGGCUGAGAAGCCGAGGGCAGAGAAGCCGAGUGCGGCUCGGGAAUGAUGGCUGAGGAAGAGGAAGAAGCUAAGCACAUCUUGCAGAAAUUACAGGAACUGGUGGAUCAGCUCUAUUCAUUUCGAGAUAGCUAUUUUGAGACACAUAGUGUUGAGGAUGCUGGGCGGAAGCAACAGGAUGUGCGGGAGGAGAUGGAGAAGACCCUGCAGCAGAUGGAGGAAGUAUUGGGUUCUGUCCAGGGCAAGGCACAGGCUCUGAUGCUAACAGGAAAGGCACUGAAUGUGACUCCUGACUAUAGCCCUAAGGCUGAGGAGCUUCUGUCAAAGGCUGUGAAGCUGGAACCUGAGCUGGUGGAAGCCUGGAACCAGCUGGGUGAGGUCUACUGGAAGAAAGGGGAUGUUGCAGCUGCCCACACCUGCUUCUCAGGAGCCCUCACCCAUUGCAAGAAUAAAGUCUCCCUGCAAAACCUGUCAAUGGUGCUUCGCCAGUUGCGGACUGACACAGGAGAUGAACAUUCUAACCAUGUCAUGGACAGUGUUCGACAAGCUAAGUUGGCUGUGCAGAUGGAUGUCCUCGAUGGCCGCUCCUGGUAUAUUCUGGGGAAUGCAUACCUUUCUCUAUACUUCAAUACUGGCCAGAACCCUAAGAUAUCCCAACAAGCCCUCAGUGCCUAUGCCCAAGCAGAGAAGGUUGACAGGAAAGCUUCUAGCAAUCCUGACCUUCAUCUGAACAGGGCAACGUUACAUAAAUAUGAAGAGAGUUAUGGGGAGGCCCUGGAGGGCUUUUCUCGGGCUGCAGCACUAGACCCUGCCUGGCCAGAGCCCCAGCAACGAGAGCAACAACUCCUGGAAUUCCUUAAUAGAUUAACCAUCCUCCUGGAAAGCAAGGGAAAGAUGAAGGUGAAAAAGCUACAGAGCAUGCUGGGAAACUUGCGUCCUGCCCACCUAGGCCCCUGUGGUGAUGGUCGCUAUCAAUCAGCCUCUGGGCAGAAGGUGACCCUGCAGCUCAAGCCUCUGAGUGAGCUGAAGCCUGGUGUAAAUAGUGGUGCUGUGGUCCUGGGAAAGGUGGUGUUUAGCCUAACCACAGAGGAGAAAGUCCCCUUUACAUUUGGCCUAGUAGAUUCAGAUGGACCUUGCUAUGCAGUGAUGGUGUAUAAUAUGGUGCAGAGCUGGGGAGUGCUCAUUGGGGACUCCGUAGCCAUCCCUGAGCCUAACUUGCGGCUUCACCAAAUUCAGCACAAAGGAAAGGACUAUUCCUUUUCCAGUAUUCGUGUGGAGACUCCCCUCCUGCUGGUGGUGAAUGGAAAGCCUCAGGGUUCCAGCAGCCAGGCUGCUGCCACAGUGGCCUCUCGACCGCAGUGUGAAUGACCUCUCCUGACUUGCAUGCUGAAGAGGGAGUGGAGGCGAGGAUAUAUGCUCAAGGCACUCGGCCACUGGACCAGCCACAUCCAAUGACUCUGAGGGAUUUGGGGAGGGAGUAUUUUAAAUGAAGACUUUCCCUUUUCCUGCCCAAUAAGAUAUUUUGUGUCUCUUUUUUUUUUUUCUCCCAUCAUGUUCCAGCUCUUUUCAGAGCCACAUAGUCUCAUGAUAUAUCUCUCCUGCCUUUUUUAACUUUUUGACUGCUGUUUUAAGCAAAGAGCUUAGAAUUGGUAGAAGUGUUAGAAUCUUGCCAUGGGACAGGGUCCCCAAGGUUCCUGUUUUUUGUCUCCGUCCUGAGUCUAAUAUGUAUAUAUCAGUUCAGUAUUUAUUGCUAAGGGGAGGGGUGCUUAACUUUUUAAUGGCUUGAUUUUUGAGCAUUUUUUAAGAUUUAAGUUCUUCCCCUAAUUUGGGGCUGGAACAAAAUUAAACUUGUUUCAAAGAAAAAAAUACCAUGUAGUUUGGUUUGCUUUUUUCUCUCCAGGCUUGGAUUCUUGCAUUUAAGAUCUAUUGAAAUAAUACUAUUUGGUUUUUAUAUAAAAUAGUUUAUUUCUCUCCCAGUUAAAAAAUUCUGGCAAUAGACAGCCCAGGAAUGAAAGCUCCAGAAGAUUGCUGGAGAAACAGUUUCAUUUCAUAUUCUCAUUUUAUCAUCCUUAGAUGUGGUCCUCAUUAUGGUCCAAAGUGGCAGAGCAAUAUUAUUCUAAUAGUGUUUCCUAGGCUGAAAGACCAGAAAAAGCCAUAUAUUUCAUUUCUUCAGGUUCUAGUGAUAUAUUUUAUAAGUUUCUCUCAAUAUUUUCAUGGAAAAAUAAGGAAACAUGAGUGAGAAUUAAUAACCAAUUGAACAGCUGUAAGAUAUUAAUGCUUACAGAUGUAUUUGGAAGACUUCUAGUGAUAUAGCUCAGGUCUUUCUCCUUGGUACAGUCCUGUUCAACUCUUGUUCAGUGACUUGAGUAUCAUUGAAAUUUUGUAAAGAAUGUAAAAUACUUCUCAGUGAAUUGAUUACAGUGUUCAAGCCUAUCUAAAGAAGUUAUAUCUAUCUUCUAUAGGUAUAGAAGAUAGAAGUUAUCUUCUGUCUAAAGAAGUUAUAAAAGCUGGAUGUAACAAGAUAAAAUUUUUUAUUGGUACAUUUUAAUGGAAUUCAUUAUGCUAUAGUCAUACAUGUGCAUAAUAUAAUUUGAUCAAUCUUAUUGCCUAAUACCUCUCCUUCUCCUUCCCUUCUCCACCUGAUCCCCCUUGAUCUAAUGGUCUCCCUUCUUUUAUUAUUUUUAAUUAGUGCAUUAUAAUUUCAUACAAUAGUGGGAUUCAUAGUGGUAUGUUUGUACAUGGAUAUAGCAUAAUUGGUAGAUUUCAUUCCCCAGUACUUCCCCAUGCCUUUUUCUCUUCCCUCCUUCUUGAUCCCCUUUCUAUACUUUAUUGGUCCCCUUUGUGAGAUUCCCAUUUUUUCCUCUAACUGCCACCUCAGAGAAAAUACUAGUCCCUUGUUGUUCUGAGUCUGGAUUAUUUCACUUAGUACAAUAUUCUCUAGUUCCAUCCAUUUAUAAGAAGAUGACACAAUUUCAUUCUUCUCAGGCUGAGUAAACCUCCACUGUGUAUAUAUACCAUAUUUCCUUUAUUCAUUUGUUGAUAGAUACCUAGGCUGGUUCCAUAACUUAGUUAUUGUGGAUUGUGUUGCUCUAAACAUUGGUAUGUAAGUAUUCCUAUAGAAUGCUGAUAUUAGUUUUUUUUUUUUUUGAUAAAUAUCAAGGAGUAGGAUAAAUGUAUUGUAUGGUGGUUCCAUUCCUAGCCUUUAGAGAAAUGUUCAUACUAUUUACAAAAUGAUUGUAUUAAUUUUCAGUUCUAACAACAAUAUAUAAGUGUACAUUUUCCCACAUCCUCUCUAGCAUUUAAUAUUGUUUUCUUGAUGCUUGCCAUUCUCACUGGAGUGAGAUAAAAUCUCAGUGUAGUUUUGAUUUGCAUUUCCCUGGUUGCUAAAGAUGUUGAACAUUUUUUCAUAUAUUUGUUGGCCAUUUGUAUGUCCUCGUUUGAGAAAUGUCUGUAUAAGUUAUUUGCCUACUGACUGGGUUAUUUGUUUUUCUGGUGUUACUUUUUUUUUUUAGUUCUUUAUAUAUCUGGAUAUUAAUCCUUUAUUGGAAGAGUAACUAGCAAAGCUUUUCUCCCAUUCUGUAGGUUCUUUCUUCAUGCUCUUAAUUAUUUUCUUUGCUGUGCAGAAGCUUUUUAAUUUGAUGCCAUCCUUCUUAUUGAUUCUAAUUUUAUUUCCCGAGCAUCAGGAGUCUUAUUAAUUCAAUGCCUGUAUAUUGGAGUGUUGACACUAUGUUUUCUUCUAGCAGUUUCAGUGUUUCUGGUCUAAUUUCUAGAAUCACUUUGAAUUGAAUUUUUAUACAGGGUGAAAGAUAGGACUCUAGUUAUUCUUCUACAUAUAUUCAACAUCAUUUGUUGAAAAGGCUAUCUUUUAUCUAAUAUAUAUAUAUUUUUUGGCAUCUUUGUUGAGUAACAAAUAACUGUAUCUUUGUGGAUUUGUCUCUUGAGUUUUCUAUUCCAUCCAUUGAUCUUCAUUUCUCUUUUCAUGCCAAACAAUGCUGUUUUUGCUACUGUAGUUAUGUAGUGUAAUUUUAGAUUAGGUGUUGUGAUGCUUUCCAACAUUGCUUUUAUUGCUCAAAAUUGCUUUAGCUAUUCUGGCUUUCUUAUUCUUCUAUAAGAUUUUUAGGACUUUUUUCUAGUUCUGUAAAGAAUGUCAUUGAUAUAUUGAUAGGGAUUGUAUUGUAUCUGUAGAUCACUUUUGAUAAUAAAGCCAUUUUGACAAUUCCAA